AGCGCUUGCCUCCUCACAUCUAUGCCCAUUGGCCAGAAAAUAACACAGCACAAGUUAUUCCCCUCUCCUCCUCCCCUCGUUCUUAGUUCGGUGCUCUCCUUUUUUGCCCUACAGGGAGAGCUGCCCUGACCCUGUGUGUUGGAAACGGUUUCAAGCCCAUUGACUAACAAAAAGAAGAAUGGCUCCCAUGGCUGAAUGGCUUGCCAUAGGAACUUGUGAUUAGCCACCCUCGCCACGCCCAUGGGUUCAUCAGUCCGCAUUUGAUCAUGGAUGCCUUACUUCGCGAUGACCCCUUCUACAAUCCGGACCAAGUUCAUAGCCCCUAUGAAGAAGAGUUCAAUAAAGGGAUCCGAGAGAUCACGAUUCUAGUGUUAACGGGUCUGGGCUUGUAUUUGGGCUCGUAUUACUUCCUGAAUUUGUGGCGACAAAAGCGAGACACGGAAGAGGAGUUUCUGCCCUAUUCAUGGGAGGAUGACAUGGUCUACAAGGUUUCAUUUUGUUUUUGCGUCUUCUCCUUGGCCGUAUCCGUGGGUGCGGCUCUGCUUCUGCCCAUCUCCACCAUUUCAAAUGAAAUCUUGUUGCACUACCCCAAAUCGUGGUACAUCAAGUGGCUCAAUAGCUCCUUGAUCCAGGGGAUUUGGAACUUGAUCUUUAUCUUGUCCAACUUGUCGUUAUUUGGUUUGCUCCCGUUUGCCUAUUUAUUCUGUGAAUCUGAAGGAUUGGCUUUUUUUGGGAACAAGAGAGGCCUUUUAGCGCGAGCCAAGGAGACGAUUGUGACCUUGAUUCUGUUGUCGUUGACGGUCUUGGGCAUGAUGUAUGUGAUUGCCGCCCUCGUGGAUCAUGAUCGCGACUCUAUGGAUCGCAUUCUUAAUGUCUAUAGUUAUCUACCGUUCCUCUACUCUUGUGUGUCAUUUCUGGGUGUGAUCAUGCUCUUAAUAUGUACACCCUUGGGGUUUGCUCGCCUUUUCACGGUAGUGGGUGACUUGGUGGUUCGACCCACGUUCAUGAGAAAUCAAGAUGACGACUACUUUGCGACCAAAUUCGAGGAAGAAUCGCUCAAAGCCAAGGUGGCAAAUUGUAAAGACAAGAACUUCUUGCAAAUCACUCCCAUUACCAACGAGGAGAGAAGGCGUUUAAGAGGGGACGAAAUUUUUGCUCACUUCCAAAAGAGCUUGGAUGAGGUCACGGCCCGUCGAAUUCAACUAGAACGGGCAAGAAACACGCCCAGUUGGCGGAGAAUAUUGGGCUACCCGUUGGUCAUGAUGUUUGUGUUUGCCCUGACUACCAUUUCCCUGAUUUGCGUCAUUUCCAAUGUGGGUCAAAUCAUUACCGGCUUCAGAUCCCUUCCCGUCAAACCAAUGAAAGCGCCUAAUGUGGUUCUGGGUUCAACUUCUUUGUCCGCAUUGGGCGUCUUUGGAGUGAUCAUCGAGGUCAUAUUGAUCUUCUAUUUGAUGGUGACCUCGCUGAUUGGCUUGUAUAUUAUUCCUCCUAUUGGGAAGAUCCGCCCACGACGGGAAGAUACUUCGCUAACCCGAUUAAUUCUCAAUUGUGGAUUGUAUGUGAUCCUCAGUUCGGCAUUGCCGUUGUUAUCAAAAAUAUUAGGUAUAACCAAUUUCGAUUUAUUGGGCUCUUUUGGAGAGGUCAAAUGGCUCGGAAACAUUUAUAUCGUUUUAUUUUACAACGCUGUGUUUGCUGGGACAGCCUCGUUUUGCUUAUUCAACAAAUUUACAGCUCGAGUCCGUCAAGAAAUCUUGAGGAGGAUACAUUUGUACUUAUCAACAAUAUUCAAGCGGAACAUCGACGCCAAAUUUGUGGCCUCAAUAUCACCCGUCACCGCUGGAUCCAGCAGUCCCACAAGCUUAAAGGCCGAAUAGUAUUAUUCUUACAUCACAGAAGAACUACACAGCCAAAGUUCAUCAGUACGAAGGCAACAAGACAUAAUCAAUCAAUCAAUCAAUCAUCAUGCAGAUAUCACAAAAAGACCAUCCCAAAAAGCCCAAAAGUGUCUGUGGCGAGAUUAGAACAUCCCUCGGUAUCGCCUCGCUCAACCUUACUUGAAUUUUGAGACCACUCGAUCCACUGUCAGAGAAAGAGAGUUAAAUUGCUACUCAACUCUCUUCUGAACGCACGAAACGUCACGCCUAGUUUUGUUUUCUUAGUCCAUGAUUUGCCAUAGACGAACUCUCGUUUACCCCUCACUCCGGUUUCCUGUGGCCAUGAAUACGGAUGAUAUUAUCCAAAUGUGAUCUUCAGUCAAGAUUCUUCAUUUCACUUAUGCUACGAUUCAUUCCUUCAGAUCAUGUUUAGUUCGAGAUAUUUACAUGUUAGCUAGUUAUUCAUAUCAUCUGGGUUUUUCUCAUUCAAAUUCCAGUGACUCGACUCGUCUUUGUAUCAUUGACUAGGUUCUAACCUUGACCAAUAAACCAGUGUUUUGUCGAAA